UUCUCAGGUGCCCGGCUAGCUCAGUCGGUAGAGCAUGAGACUCUUAAUCUCAGGGUCGUGGGUUCGAGCCCCACGUUGGGCGCAACUUUUUUCUUCUUAUAUUUAUUUUAUUCUAUUUGAAUGUUUUCCCUAUUUUAGUCUGUGUGACCUUUGCCCUUAGGCUUAACCGUUACAGCUUUUCGUAUUUCAUGGUAUGUAUCUCAAUUUUGUGGGGGUUUUAAGACGUAAGAAUAGACAUAGACGCCCCCGAGUACUCACAUACAAACGUAAACGUCUAUACAUAGGUAUAGACCAGAGCUAAUGAGUUUUUAUUUAUGGCAGCAUUCGCAGCUGACGCAAUGUGUUGCCAGUUCUAUGACAAUAUAUCGUGUACAGUUUUUCCUUUUCCUCUCCCUCGCCCGUUCGAAUUGUUUGCUCGUUUGAAAAAUGUCUAAAAGCCACAUUCAAGGUUAGGUCUCUCGACUGGAAAUCGAAACGACAGUUCACAAUGCACUCUGUGUGUCGUUGUUUUAUGGUUAACAGGAUGGGAACAGGAUGAUGCCGUCAGGCUGUGGCUAACUAGUGCAAGGUCCUUCAGAGCGGAAAGAAUAAUAGGAGCCCACAUAUGAGUGCCUGGAAAUGGCAUUCUUUUAGUGCACAUAUUUGUAUGUGCUGUACUGUAACAGUUACUGCAGGCACGUGCGAAUAGCUUACGCUCUCUUUGCUGCUGCUCAAGCAUAUGUAAUAACGAGGUAGAGAGAGAGAGAGAAAGACAUCCCGCACCCAGCCUCUGCUGCACAUCCAACUAUUUUCUUUCCAAUGCUUGUGUUUGUUUGCUCUCCCAGAGUGCAAAUUUAGAGAGCAGCUUAAAGUACAGCCCUAACGAAGCUACAAGCAUAAAUCAAAGAGGUUUUUUUCACGUCUCGUUUAGCCAUUACUUAAGCUAUCACUCAUUCCCUUGCGCAUCUCAUCUGGGCACCUAAGCAAAGUUUCAAUUACAGUUAAGUGAAUGGUGAAGUUCUCUCACAAAACUGUUGAUGAAUUCAGAGCCUCUCUUUGUCCUCCUCCCACAUACACAGACAGGGUAAUCUGAGAAGAGAAAAGAAGGAACAAUUGAGAAAGAGAAGCCUCAAGCAUGAUGAUAGCUGUAUUAAUUACUCUGCAUUAUUCCUUAAAUUAGAUUGCAGUGUAAACACGACUAUUGCUCUUUCCACUGCUGCCACUGCAUGAUGACUGCCGUCCGUCUCUCUCUGUCUGUCUGCUGCCCGUCGCUUAGGUUUGUCUGUCACAUGUGACAUGCUGUGCUGUGCUGUGCAGGCGAAAUCUGUAGAGAUUCGAACUUUGGAUAUGUAUGUCUGUUUGAGUGCUCUGCAUGUUAAAUUUCUGCUCCAUCUACAACGAACGGGCAAUCAAGGAGCAAUUAAUUUUAAUGAAUAUGAAAUUGCAUUUUGCGAUACACAAGCCGAGAUAUUGUUAGGGAUUGUUUUUCUUGUUUUUGUAAUUGUUUUCCGCUGUUGUAUUAUUAUUAUUAUGGUGGGUGUGACACUGUUGUCUCGUCUACCACACACGCCCAAUUAUGCAAAAUAGUUUUGGGCUACAUUUUUGUAUUAUUCUCUUGUUUUUUGAACACAACCAAAAUUGAAUUCAAUCAGCCUCUCAAUGUCAAAUGAAAGUUGAGCGAGUGGAUACAAACUGUAAUUUAAAUCCAUAAAAACUCUCGAGGCAAAUCUUUCCUAUCUUAGCGCUAUAUAUCACAUAUAUUACAGUUUUUUUUUUGGCAUAAAAAAUGCAAUUCUGACAUGAUAAUGCAUGCAUUCAUUGUUUCGCGUGCGGAUUAUCGAUCAAAUCUGGGAUUAAAUUAUGUUAGGCUAAUCCGAUAAUUAGCUGAAGCAAUUACUUCCUACAUUGUAAAGAUGUGGAAAAUAUUAUUUCUGAUCCAUGUGGGCCUGGCCGGAAUAUGGGCCACAGACUACGAACUGUUGCUGGAGGAUCCGGAUAUAUUUACACCAUGUACCGAAGCUCCGCCCGGAACAAUCUUCAUUCGCGACGCCAUCAAUUUCGAUCAAUUGAAAGUCGAACAGGAGGCCGAUACCAUACACAUAUCGGGAAAUGCCACCACCACCUGGGAUCUACAGCCCAACGAUCGCAUAGCCGCCAAGUUCGCCUUGUUCCACCACCAGCGGGGAAAUUGGGAGCCGACCGUUUUUACCAUGGCCACGAAGGACUUUUGCCCAAUGAUGUACGACAAGGAUCAGUAUUGGUUCAAAUAUUGGACGUCAUUCAUCACAAAUCGCGAAGAUGUGGAACAGCAUUGCAUAAAAAAAUUAGGUACCACGCUCAUCCAUGAACCAUUUGAUUUGAGACUGAUGCUCAAGAACAUACGGGGUGCCACCCUAAGCGGACGCUAUAAAACGGUCAUCAGUUUUGAGGCAUUCGAUGAAAGGAAUGUCCCGCGUCCCCAUGGUGUCUGCUUCGAAAUCAGGGGCGAAGCUGAAAAGAUUAAGAAGUGAGAGAGCAGACGAUCAUCUCAAAGCUAAAGAUAGAUUUAAAUAAAAGCAAAUUUCGUGGGUUCAUAUACAUAUACACGUAUACAUAUUAUAAAAGGUAUUCCCGUAAGGAACAAGGAUACCAAGGA